AAUACUGCUGAAACUUGUGCGCAGAGGGGCGGAUAGACGCAUCUAGCUCGUCAAAGAUAGUGGAUUAAAUUCACGCUUUCUUUUAUUCCCCCCCCCCCCCCUUUUUCUCUCCUCCUCCUCUUCCUCCUCCUCUUCCUCCUCCUCUGGUUUCGUGUUACAAAGCCUUGGGAGGGAGUUGCGUGGAGAGCCAGUUCCUCUGUGUGGAGACCGAAUGACAGGAUCAUAUGGCUCGAUGUGCGUUAUGGUCCAAACCAUUUGAAAAGAAAUAGCGGAAAUAAGAAGAGACAAAGUGCCGGCGAAAUCCAUGUGAAAGUGGGGAGGAUGUGGAAUAACUCGUAACUCCGAUUCGGAAACAAAUCCGAGAUAACGGAAAAGCAAGAGAGGGGGGAGAGGAUCGGCCGUCAGAGAAAGACGGGAGAGGAAAAGCGCAGGACGCAUUCGGUUGUUCCUCACCACCGUCACCGCGAUCACAAGCCCAAUGUGACCUUCGUCUGAGUCGAGUGUCUUGAUUCGACAUCCGCAAAGCCGAAAGAAAAAAAGAAAACUACUGAAGGGGUUGAUCGAGAAGAAAAACCCACAGACGUGCGAGGGAGGAGAAGAAAAACAAGCCGUCUCAUCGACUGAUUUAUCACCGGAUCCAUCGCGCAACGCCAGGUCCAACGAAUGGGAGCGCAUACGGGGGCCAUGGGCGGGACGAAGCUCUUGCUGCUGGUGUUUCUGGUUGGAUGGGAGAAGUCGAUGGGCCUCAACUGGAACCCGAUCCCACGCAAGACCGUUCGAUACCAGGAUGUUUUGGACAGCAUGGCGAGGUUCAGCAUCCAGGGAGUCUUCAACUACAGCAUGCUGACGCUGUCCGACCACGAGCGGGUUCUGUACGUGGGAGCGCGGGAGGCGUUGUUCGCCCUGGACCCCAACGACAUCAGCAAACAGCUACGGCCUCAGAUCGACUGGCCGGCUCCGCAGGAUAAGAAGAGAGAGUGCGUAGCCAAGGGGAAGAACAACCAGACCGAGUGCUUCAACUACAUCCGUUUCCUGCAGAGCUACAACCACACGCACCUCUACACCUGCGGCACCUACGCCUUCCAGCCCAAAUGCACCUAUGUGAACGCCGACUACUUUACCCUCAACACUGCAGCCCCGGAGGACGGGAAGGGUAAAUGCCCAUAUGACCCUGCCAAGGGGCAUACCGGCCUGAUAGUAGAUAAGGAGCUGUACUCGGCAACGCUCAACAACUUCCUGGGUACGGAGCCGGUCAUUCUGAGGAAUCUUGGCCAGCAGCACUACAGCAUGAAGAGCGAAUACUUGCCUGCCUGGCUCAAUGAGCCGGACUUCGUGGGCUCGGCCCUGGUGAGGGAGAGCAGCGGCAGCAAGGACGGGGACGACGACAAGAUCUACUUCUUCUUCAGUGAGCGGGCGUUGGAGCUGGACUGCGACACCGAGCUCACGGUGGCCAGAGUCGCACGAGUCUGCAAGGGGGAUCUGGGCGGUACCAGAACCCUGCAGAAGAAGUGGACCACCUUCCAGAAAGCCCGCCUGGAGUGCUCCCUCCCCGAGCGCCACGUCUCCUUCAACAACCUGAGAGCCGUGUUCACGCUGCCGGGCCAGGACUGGAGGGCGACCACCUUCUACGGCAUCUUCCACGCGCAGUGGGGUGACGUGGACGUGUCGGCGGUCUGCCAGUACCAGAUCGGUGAUGUGAAGAAGGUGUUCGAAGGAUCCUACAAAGAGUACAGGGAGGCAUCGCAGCGGUGGGGGCGCUACACCGGCGGCGUCCCCGUCCCGCGACCCGGAUCGUGUAUAACCAACUCGGACAGGGAGAGCGGCUACAACAGCUCUCUGCAGCUGCCCGACGCCACGCUCAACUUUGCCAAGAAGCACCCGCUGAUGGAGGACAAAGCUCUGGCUCGCCCCCUGCUGCUGACCAAGGGCGUCAACUUCACCAGGCUGGCGGUGGAUCGGGUCAGCGCCCUGGACCAGCGGGCCUACAACAUGCUGUUCAUCGGCACAGCGGAGGGCUGGCUGCAAAGGGUGCUGAUCCUGGGCUCCGAGGCCCACGUGAUAGAGGAAAUCCAGCUGUUUGAGACGGCCCAGCCUGUGGACAGCCUGACCAUCUCUCACUCCAAGAAGUACGUGUACAUCGGCUCUCGGUCGGAGGUUCUCCAGUUGCCCUUGGCCAACUGCAGCCGCUAUCAGUCUCAGCCGGACUGUCUGCUCGCCCGGGAUCCCUACUGCGCUUGGGACAGCGAGGGUCGGGCCUGCGUCCGUAUCGACCUCCAUCGCGGAUCCACCUCCUCCCUGUCACAGGACCUAAUGCUGGAAAGGUUCAGCCGGGGGAAAGCCAAGUUUGAUAAGCCGCCCCCCAGCCCCGAGCACUCCCGUCUGAGGAACGUUACCGUGGUGGUGGGCUCUGACAUGGUGCUGCCUUGCCAGCUGGUCUCCAACCUGGCUCAGCCCCUCUGGGUGCUCAACGAACGUGAGCUGCAGUUGAGCGACCCUGAGGCGGGCGGGCCGCGCUUCGACCGCACGCUCAAAGCACUCGUCGUGCCCGAGGCGGGGCAGACGCAAGCCGGCCGCUACGUCUGCUACUCCGAGGAGCAAGGGGUCAAGUUCCAGACGGAGCGCUACCAGGUGGCCGUGGUGGCCAGCGCGCCGGUCUUCAUGGAGGCCCGUGCUCCUGACAGCAGCAUGGGGCUCUUCUGGGUGCUGGUCAUCACCCUGGGAGCGGCGUGCCUGCUGCUCCUGGUAGCGGCGCUUUACCUGCGCAGGAGGCUGAAGCUGGCGCUGGGAAAGGGGGCCGACAUGAAGCCUCUCGAGAGCACCCUGGUCUACCCGAUCACCCUGCCCAAGGAGCCGCCCACCUUUGUGCCCAGCAAGAUGCCCAGCGACGAGGACCGCUUCUGGGAGACGGGCGCCAACUACUACUACUCCGACGGCUCGCUGAAGAUCGUUCCCGGUCACGCCCUGGGGCCCAACGGCGUCGGCGGCACGGCGUCGCCCAGCGCCAUCCCCGGCCAGCCCAUCCACUCCCCCAGCCGUCUCAGCCUCACCAAUAUCCGAGGCUCGGGUAGCAACGGCUACAUCCGCCUCAACCUGAGCACAGCAGGGGAGGAGAGGGCUAGCGGGGCCGGCGCUGGGGGCGGCGGGCUGGGAGGCCUGGGCGUGGCCGGGAACGACUACUCCAGCCCCUUCAAGGAAGAGAUGAGACGCACCCUGCAGCAGAGGAGCGUGCUGCCCGACGCCAACCCCGAGGAGUCGUCCGUCUAGGCCCCGCCCUCCUCCCUGUCUGUUUCCCUCAGUUGGAAAAAACAAACAAAAACAACCAACCUACCUCCCUCCUUUUGAGGAUGCCUGCUCUCUCUCUCUCUCUCCCUCUCUCUCGCUCUGCCAAUGCCUGUUUGGCUCACUGUCGACAUUUACAGCACACAGCAUGUUAAAUAUAAACGCUCAUACACUGUGUACGCCAACAUGCACUCCUAUAAUUGUUAUGUCAACAUGGAGUCAUGGUUGUGAACCUUUUCUGCUUUCACUGUGCAUAUGCCAAUUGUGUAAAUUUUUGUAUUUAAAACGGCUGCGCGCAGAGGGGCACACCUCCACACAUUUUUGUUUUCGAACGUUUUUUUUUCUGAAGGGCAAAUUUUCUCUUUUUUUUUGUUGCGUGGACCAAGAGGCUUUCAGCCCCUGUGCUGUGAAACCAGUUGAGGAACGGCAAGCGACUGGAAACAUUGAACUGUCCUUCUCUUUGUUUAAAACCCUUUCAGCUUACUGCACUUAAAAACCUGGAAGUGUGUCUUCCCUUUUUGUAUUCGCGAGCCAAGAGUGCGAGAGCAGUAUGAAAAGACUUAAUUCUUCUCGAAGCAAGACGACAAUCAUGUUGCAGGAAAUUUGCAAGGGACAGAGAGGGGGACGAGAGAGAGCGAGAGACAAGAGACAAGAGAAAGGAAAUUAAAUGGAAAAUGAAGUGAAUUGGAGGGAAAGAUGCAAGGGAGGGGAUUUGAAUGAAGGACAAUCUCUCAAGACUUUCUCUGCUCAAUUGAAAUCCCUCCUAUGUUGUAUUUACCCCGAGAGAAUCCAUGAUUCACUUUCAUUUGUCGCGACGGUCGUUUUGAAUUGAGACAUUUCCUGCUGUCCUUUUUCUACGUCUCACCGACUACAGCAGUGUUCUAACGCUUAUCAAGAGACUAAUGGCUGCGCUCUGUGAGUGACCAUGCGAGGGCUUACAUUCCUGCGUCCGGCCUGCGCGGUGACCUUCAAAUGCACCUUCGAGUCCUGACAAGUGCACUCCGAACGACAUCCGUCAAAAGUAACGGAUGCGCGUCGCGGCUCAGCCCUUAUGAACCACCUUUUUUUUUCACCACUGUAGAAAGAAACGGCCACUUGCAUUCAGCCGGCGGCGGCGGCGGGACGCUUAAUUCCCGACUGGAGCCGAACAUGAAGACAUUAGGAGAAUGUAGCCGAACGGCCAGCGCUGCGACGGCUGUGGAUGUCUCAAUAAGUGCUUUAUAAGUGCGUGUGUGUAUGGCGAAGGGCUGGAACCUGCACUGCCAAGAAGGAAACAAGCCCUCCUACACAACGACACGCUCUCAUUCCUCUGAAUGCCAACCAUCCUGGACACCAUGAACCCCCGCCCUCUCCCCCUCCAUCCCUCCCUCUUGCCCAGAGACUGACCCGGGGCUACUGUGGACUUAAACAGAGGAAGAGCACCCUAAAAAACAUACCAACACACACACAAAACACAGUGUUGACAGACAAACUGCUGGCUCCAGGCUGGACGCGGCAAACAAAGAGGUGCAUUUUUGGUUUUUGGGACGUAUCCGUCGGGACCAGAGGAGCACAGCAAGAAAGAAGGGGAGGACAAAAAAAACGUAUUUUGCUCCCACUGUGUACAGAGUGCUGAGAGAGAUGUAGAAUAUCAAAAAUGAUCCCACGGUUGAAGAGGUACUCGACCAUCAGCACUCCAUCUUUACGUUGCAUGAUCCUCUGCAAGUGGACUGCACAUCUUUCAUAUGAUCAUCCUUGUACAAGUUCAGCAUUUCGAUCGGCCCUGUUUGGACUUUUACAGACACUAAUGUUGUGGAACAAUGAGGCUCUCUUAUGUGUAUGUCUGAUUUUGUGGUUCGAGGGUUGUACAGGAAUCCAUGGCUUACUUUUCUGUGCCUCCUCACCCAUUGGAUAAGCCAAAGUAGACUGCAGUUGCUUUUGUUCUUGUUGAAAAACUUUGAUUUUAUUUGAUUCCAGAUGUAUAUUUAAGUCUCAGCUGUCCGUCCACUUUGCUACACUGAGCUGAUGUCUGCGAGCUCAGCAUAUUUUCUCUUUAGCUACAUUUUCCCUUCUCCCUCAAACGGGAGAUGGGCUCGUGUUUUCUUCCCGUCUAUGUCAGUAGUGACCUGCUGGACCCAAUUCUUUAUCCCCUCACUUAAUCAAAUGCUGAGUAAUGUACCAAAACGUCAAACAUUGCUUAAUUUGUCAGCUCCGGAAAAACCAAAUAUGUAUCUGUUAAGUGCAGAUCAGUGAUAGAAUGUGCCCACUUUAUAUUAUUACAUCCCCUAAAGUAUUGAGCUUAAAAGAUGUUAUCUCUUUACACUGGUACUUGGUUGUAUCUCAUCAAAUAUCUCCCUUUUACGAUUAGGCAUUUUAUUUAAUACAACAUGUUGCAGAGAAAUAAAAGGUGAAGGAAAACAGG